GUCACAUCGUACAAAGUCCAUACCAACCCUUUGAUCAGUAAUUACCUACGGAUACAAACCACUGUUAUCGAACUAGACAUCCUUUUAACCACUUCUUUUCGAUUGAUACAACCAAAGAAUAUAAGGAACAAGCUUCCGUGGCCACAGGCCAGCGACCUGUAGAAGCAGCAUAGCACGCGGCGACAAGACUCUUUCCUGUCUGCACCCAAACCGCCAUUUCCCUUUUGCAAAAACACUGCGCGAAGAUAGAUCCGAACAACAGACACUACAAUGGCAGCACAAUAUCAACGCUCUCCGCUGCGGAGUGGAAGUCCAGCCGUAGCGCAAACACAAACCACAGCAACCACUCCAAGGACCAUCGAGACGGAAGGUCAGAACCGAUUGGGACCGCCGACCCUUCGACUUCGGGGGGCGCAUACGCCAUCACAACGAACAGUGCAGUGGGCCGAAGAUGUGGUGGAUAAUGAGGGCCUCGGUCGGAAAAGAUCCAAAGUCUGCUGCAUUUAUCACCCCCCCAAAGCAGUAGACGAAUCGAGCGACGAAUCAUCUUCCGACUCGUCUUCGUCAGAUGAACCCGACUCAGAUUGCGAGGGUGGUCGACGGAGGAUACGAUCAGGCGACGGCGAGGGUAAAGGUCACCGUUGUAACGGCGGCGGGCACGGACACGAUCAUAAAGGAAGGGGACGAAAGGACUGUGAUCAUGGCAAGGAGGGAGAGGGAAAAGAAAAACGGAGACCAAGUCCGAACGCGUACGAAAGGUUACCGAAGCCUAAACCAAGGACUACCGGUAGUGAACGAAGCGGGACGACAAGGGCUUGAGUGCUCGGUGCUCAUGGAUUGCUUCUGGAAUUCCAUGAUUUUCAUGGUGCGGGCAGCGGAGGAUUAGAUUAUGUUCAUUACAUUUAUUCAGAGGGAAUUCUUCACGCCACCCGUUCUCCCGUAUAUUCGCGAAGUGGAGGGGGGGCACCUUCUUCUAAGGUACUCUGCUGUCGACAUACACGAGGGCUUCGAGGCAUUGAUGGGAACAAGGUUUAACUAUGCGAGAGCUUUUCGUGUUUCUGAUACUGAUCAAGACUCAAAAUGCCCCU